AUGGGUUUGUUAGCUAGCCUUCUGCUUAGUCCAUGGACCUAUCUCAUCUGCUUGGCAGUCGCUGUUCCACUGCUAUACUUGAUUGACCCCCUGCGCAUCAAUUGGGUUCCUGGACCACUUUUAGCCAAAGUCUCACCGUUAUGGCUCUUCUGGCAAGCACGAAGGUACAGGAGGUACAAGGCUGUUCAUGCUGCUCACGCCAAAUACGGUACUUUCGUGCGUAUCAGUACUGACCAUGUCUCUAUCGCUUCUGCUGAAGCCAUACCACUGGUAUACGGUCACGGCACAGGCACCCUCAAAGCUCCGUAUUACGAUGCAUUCGUAUCCAUUCAUCGUGGCCUCUUCAGUACGCGUGAUCGAGCAGAGCACACACGAAAGCGGAAGAACAUCUCCCAUAUCUUCUCCCAUCAAAACGUCCGCGAGUUCGAACCGUACAUUCAUGCCAACCUAUCACUCUUUCUCAAUCAGAUGAGUACCAUGGUGACUCAUGCAAGUGAUCAGAUUGCUCGAUUCGACUUCUUCCCUUGGGCAACCUAUCUGUCAUUCGACAUCAUUGGCGAUUUGGCAUUCGGUGAGCCCUUUGGCUUCAUCAAGGCGGGUAAGGACCAUAACGACGCUAUUCGCAUCCUCACUGAUCGUGGUGAGUGGUCUGCAACAGUGGGUACCAUGCCUUACAUCAAGCCAUGGACACCUUACAUGGUAUGGGACUCCUUUUUUCCCAAGGGCCUAACGGCUGUGAAGGAAUUGGGUCAAAUUGCCAUCACUGCAGUAGAGAAGCGUCUCAAGAAGGGUUCAAACAGACGCGACGUGCUGUCCUUUCUGAUCAACGCGCGCGACUGUCAGGGCAAUCCGAUGCCAGAUAAUGAACUCAAGGCUGAAGCACAGACACAAUUGAUUGCCGGCUCCGAUACGACGGCUAAUGCACUUACUUCAAUCAUUGACGUUCUCUGCCGCAAUCCGGUUGAGUACGAGAAGCUCAACAACUCCAUCGAUGACAUGAUGCAGCAAAUUGGCAUUGAGCGAGAUGACGAACGACUUGCAACGCUUGCAGAAGUGCAGUACAACAAGGAAUUAAUCUCUUGCAUCUGGGAGUCUUUACGCAUCCAGCCAGUCUCAGCCAUGGGCCUUCCUCGAUCAGUUCCUGCUGGUGGGCUUGAUGUUUGUGGCAAGCACUUUAAGGAAGGAACGGUCUUGUCUGUCCCAGCCUACACGAUUCAUCACGAUGCAAAGCGGUUCCCCGAUCCUUAUACUUUCAAGCCCAGUCGUUUCAUCAAAGACCCACCAAGCGACAAAGAGUUUGUGCCUUUCAGCUAUGGUCCUCGAGCAUGUGUUGGGCGCAACGUGGCUCUGAUGGAGUUGCAGACUGUCUUGGCCAACUUGCUUUAUCGAUUCAAGUUUGAGCGACAAGAUGGCAAUAAGCAUGCUACUGUGUUUCGUGAGGGCUUUAUCUUGAAGCCUACUGAACUGCUUGUCAGCAUGACUCGCCGUUGCUGA